CUUCGACAGCCCGCGCGUCAUGAAACAAAUUUUUCCUUCCGUACCCCCGGUAAAAUUGUCGUUGUUCUGAGCGAAAUUUCCCUUACCCCACCCCGAGAAGGGUGAAAUUGUCAACAUCUGGUCGUCAACGAAGAUUUUGAAUCUCGCGCUCGGAAAUUUGCUACGCGUCGGUUCUUUCAAACGUUUGUUCUAGAAACAAAGGAGCCUCAAAGCUGCAAACAAAAAUGCCCACAAAAGAAAGUUAAUCCCAGAGCCAUUGUCUACCAAAGAUUAAACAUAAUGGCAGAAGGCAACUAUGAAGUUUGUUUCUAGAUUAAAUGAAGAGUGUUGAUUUGUAUUCGUCACCUGUCGUGCUUCAGGUUACGGGUCCUUUUCAAAUCAACCUGCUACUGCUUGAUUCACUUUAUCUUCUCCAAUUUGACCUUGCUAAUAGCGUUCAAAGCAGUAUUUCUUUAACACUGUUCUUGUCGCACUGUUCAGUAGACACCAAUUUAUUUGAUUAGUCCGUCGUUUUAAUGAAGUUCCCAAAGCUAAAAUGUUUUGGAAAUUUUCCGUUGCGAUCAGCUUUUUCCAAUGUUUAUAUUUUUCUUUUGUCCAUCGGAAUUAGCUUUGUCUUCUAUACUGCAUUAUUCAAGAAGGUAUUUUUGUUUGAAGAGGCGUAUUUUGCAAACAUGACUGUCGGACCCCGAAUUGCGAGACGAGAACCAAGGAACAAGUUGAUCUUGCUGUACACACCGUAUUUUGGCGGAGGGUGGGUGAACGAUCCAACGUUAGGGCCAGCUCGUCCAACAUUUGAAGAGGGCCACGCCACAUUCAAAGACUGUGAGAUACCGACUUGUGUGGUGACAUACAACAGAAGAAAGCUAUCAGAGGCGGAUGCCGUUGGAUUUCACCACCGAGACAUGCCUCGUCGUCUUCCGUCCCGGAGAACUCCUCAGCAAGUCUGGUUCUACUUUGUAUUAGAAAAUCCUUUAAACGUAGUUAUGAACGCCGAUGGCUAUGCGGGCGUUUUUAACUGGACAAUGUCUUACAGACGGGAAUCGGAGAUUUAUACACCCUACGGCAAGUUCACACCGUUAAAAGAGGGUUCUGCGGAGUAUUUCACCGGUCAUGAAUUAACUGGGAAAGAUAAGCAAGUGGCGUGGUUGGUCAGUAACUGCAAAGCAAACAAGCGUAUGGACUACGUUAUGGAAUUACAAGAAUACAUCAAUAUUUCCAUAUAUGGAUUAUGUGGAGACAGAGAGGCCUGUCCCUUGAAACGUCGCUCGCCUAGCUGUAACUCGUUGCUAAGACGACACAAGUUUUAUCUGGCUUUCGAGAACGGUAACUGUGAAGAGUACAUCACGGAAAAAUAUUGGGAAAACGCGAUUGGUAAUGAUAUUGUUCCUAUCGUCAUGGGUGGCGCCGAUUAUAAAACGCUCGCGAUUCCCAAUUCUUACAUUGAUGUUGAAGACUUCGCGUCACCUAAACACCUUGCUGAUUAUCUGCUUUACCUAGAUGCCAAUGACACAGCUUACAAGGAAUAUUUCGUUUGGAAAAAACUAUAUCAACGUGUGGCACCGAACCGCGCUUGUACAUUGUGCAAACAACUUCAUAAUAAGAGUCUUCUCACAUUUCCAAGAGUAUACAAGAACAUGGCACGAUUUUGGAAUAGACACCAAUGCAAAAGGCCAAUUUUAUAGACUAAACUACUGAACUGCCGGGAAACUGAUCAAAUGAUCGAAAUCUGCUGAUCGAAGUGAUUGUCACUUGACUUACAAUGUAGAUCAUUGUGGCAUAGAGAGAGAGCGGGAGCUCCUUAUAGGAACUCAUAACUCACACAAGAAAAACCUCUUAACGAACUACUAUAGACAAGAAACGUGAUGGAUGUCAUUCAUUCUAUAUCUAUUUUUUUUUUUUUUUUUUUUUUUUUUUUUUUUACAAAAUUCAGCUGGAGAUCAAGUACCUGAGGUGAAAGUGAUAAAACACUCGAACAAUGAAACUGACACGCAUCUGGUAUGUGGCACGCCCAUCAAUUCCAUUGUCAAUUUUUUCUUAUUUAUUCCUUAGCUUUCUAUGUUGAUUUCAUCACUUUCAAAUCACAUUAGUUUUCUCAUUUGUGUCAAAUGUACAUCAUCAACACGCGUGCGGCCUUUAACAAAAAGCAACAUAUAAGUGAAUACAUGAAAGAUCAUGUAUUUGAACUGCGGAGAAAGAAAUGAAGACACGAUUGAUAUCGCAGUUAUAGCGGAGCUGCGCACGAGCGGAGCACCAUACCUUAGGAAAUUUGGUAACCCAUCGAUCUCCAAAGUUUUGGUUGUUGGGGCGUGACUCUCCGUGCGUGUGUCCGCUGAACAAUUACGUGCUCACAAUUGAUCAUUUUUUGAGUUUUUUAUCCAAGAAAAACAAAUCUCUUUUAUUC